GGAAAGAGGCGGCGGGAGGAGCGCGGUGUGGCUGGGCGGCGGGGUCCCCGGGGCGGCCGGCUCGUGAUGGUGCUCCUGCCCCUGUGGGUAGUGGCAGCCGCGCUCCUGGGGGUCCGCGCUGCAGCCGGCCGGCAGGCUGGUAGAGAACAACAGAUCCAAAUAGAAUUACGAAAAAGCAGACCGAGACCGUAUGGGUUAGUGAUUCCAAUUAGUACCAAUGCGGACGGAAGCUACAUCUCCAAUAUCCUCUCCGCAAGUCACCAAAGAAGAUCAACGCGGGAGGUAUCGCAGAGCCCCAAACAGCUGUAUUUUAACGUCACCGCGUUUGGAAGGGAAUUCCAUCUCCGGCUGAAACCCAACACCCGUUUAGUGGCUCCCGAGGCCAUAGUGGAGUGGUACGAAGACUCUGUGGAAACUGGAAACGAUGCCGGUAACACGAGUCAGACUAGGACUGCUACGGAGAGAUUAUGGAAGAGAGAGCCCCUGUGGACCAGCUGCGCCUAUGUGGGAGACAUAACUGACAUCCCCGGAGCUUCUGUUGCCAUUAGCAAUUGUGAUGGUCUGGCUGGAAUGAUAAGAACUGAUAAGGAUGAAUACUUCAUUGAGCCUUUGGAAAGAGGAAAGCAAAUGGAAGAGGAAAAGGGAAGAAUCCACAUGGUAUACAGGCGAUCAGCUGUAGUACAGCAUGCCACCGAUAUGCUCCCCGAUGUCCAUACGGAAGAGUCUCUUCUCGGCGGCCUCGGAGAGCUGAGUUCCCUGUACAGCAGCGCAGAGCAGCAACUGAACGAAACCCUGAGGCGACGCAGGCACGCGGGAGACGACGACUACAACAUCGAGGUGCUGCUAGGUGUGGACGACUCUGUCGUCCGAUUCCAUGGCAAAGAACACGUUCAAAACUACCUCCUCACCCUCAUGAACAUAGUGAAUGAAAUUUACCACGAUGAAUCCCUGGGUGUUCACAUAAAUGUUGUGCUGGUCCGAAUGAUCAUGUUGGGGUACGCGAAGUCCAUUAGCUUGAUUGAAAGGGGGAAUCCCUCGAGAAGCUUGGAGAACGUUUGCCGCUGGGCGUAUCAGCAGCAGAAGUCGGACCCCAAUCACUCUGAGCACCACGACCAUGCCAUCUUCUUAACCAGGCAAGAUUUUGGGCCUGCUGGUAUGCAAGGAUACGCUCCUGUUACUGGCAUGUGUCACCCGGUCCGAAGCUGUACUCUCAACCACGAGGAUGGGUUUUCAUCAGCUUUUGUUGUUGCUCAUGAAACCGGUCACGUGCUGGGAAUGGAGCACGACGGGCAAGGGAACAGGUGUGGGGAUGAGACAGCGAUGGGGAGCGUUAUGGCUCCCUUGGUGCAGGCUGCCUUUCAUCGUUACCACUGGUCCAGAUGCAGCGGCCAAGAGCUCAAGAGAUACAUACACUCUUACGACUGUCUUCUUGACGACCCUUUUGAACAUGAUUGGCCCAAGCUUCCUGAACUGCCAGGCAUCAAUUAUUCCAUGGACGAACAGUGCCGCUUUGAUUUUGGCGUUGGCUAUAAAAUGUGCACAGCGUUCCGAACCUUUGACCCAUGCAAGCAGUUGUGGUGUAGCCAUCCAGAUAACCCCUAUUUCUGUAAGACUAAGAAAGGACCUCCACUCGAUGGGACAGAAUGUGCCCCUGGAAAAUGGUGCUAUAAAGGUCACUGCAUGUGGAAGAACGCUAACCAGCUGAAGCAGGAUGGCAACUGGGGACCCUGGACAAAAUUUGGCUCCUGCUCACGGACCUGUGGAACUGGAGUUCGCUUUCGAACACGCCAGUGCAACAAUCCAAUGCCCCUUAAUGGAGGUGAAGAUUGUGCUGGUGUCAAUUUUGAGUUUCAACUUUGCAAUACAGAGGAGUGUCCGAAGCACUUUGAGGACUUCAGAGCGCAGCAGUGUCAGCAACGCAACUCCCACUUUGAGUAUCAGAACAGCAAGCACCACUGGCUGCCCUACGAACACCCCGACUCUGAUAAGAGAUGUCACCUGUACUGCCAGUCCAAAGAAACCGGAGAUGUUGCUUAUAUGAAACAGCUGGCACACGAUGGGACUCGCUGUUCCUAUAAAGAUCCCUACAGCAUUUGUGUUCGUGGAGAAUGCGUGAAAGUGGGUUGCGACAAGGAAAUUGGCUCCAAUAAGGUCGAAGAUAAGUGUGGCGUCUGCGGCGGGGAUAACUCUCAUUGCCGAACUGUGAAGGGAACCUUUACCCGCACUCCCAAAAAGCUUGGGUACCUUAAGAUGUUUGAUAUCCCUCCUGGUGCUCGACAUGUGUUUAUCCAAGAAGACGAGGCUUCUCCUCACUUUCUUGCAAUUAAGAACCAGGCUACAGGACACUAUAUUCUGAAUGGGAAAGGGGAGGAGGCCAGAUCCCGAUCUUUCAUCGACCUGGGCGUGGAGUGGGAGUACAACAUAGAAGACGACAUAGAAACUCUCCACACUGACGGGCCCUUGCACGACGCAGUGGUGGUGCUGAUCAUUCCUCGGGAGAAUGACACAAGAUCUAGCCUGACUUACAAAUACAUCAUUCACGAGGAUUCAGUACCGACUAUCAACAGCAACAACGUCCUGCAGGAAGAAAUAGAUACUUUUGAGUGGGCAUUAAAGAGUUGGUCGCAGUGCUCCAAACCCUGUGGUGGAGGGUUCCAGUACACCAAAUAUGGGUGCCGCAGGAAAAGUGAUAACAAAAUGGUUCAUCGCAGCUUCUGUGAAGCCAGUAAAAAGCCAAAGCCCAUUCGUAGAAUGUGCAAUCUUCAAGAAUGCACACAGCCUCUCUGGGCAGCAGAUGAGUGGGAAUACUGCACAAAAACCUGUGGGAAUUCAGGCUACCAGAUCCGUACUGUGCGUUGCAUUCAACCCCUUCAUGACGGCACAAACCGCUCCGUCCAUUUCAAGUACUGCAGCGGAGAUCGCCCCGAGAGCCGCAGGCCGUGCAACCGAGUACCGUGCCCCGCACAGUGGAAAGCUGGACCCUGGUCUGAGUGUUCUGUGACCUGCGGGGAGGGAACCGAGACCCGGCAGAUCCUGUGCCGUGCUGGUGACCAGUGCGAUGGAGAAAAGCCAGAAUCAGUGAGGGUUUGUAAACUCGCCCCCUGCAACGCUACCAUGAAGCAAGUAACAAAUUGUGAGAAGGAGAACUUUUACCGUGAACAUCAGCGGAAGGAUACAAGCACUUACAUACUGAAUAGGAAGUGGUUGACUAGGUUGUGCAGAAUUAACCUAAAAAAUAAAAAAAAGGGAUUAUAUGAGCCCUGUAUGGGAGACAAAUCUAUCUUCUGUCAGAUGGAAGUGCUUGCACGUUACUGUUCCAUCCCUGGCUACAACAAGCUGUGCUGCGAGUCGUGCGGCAAGCGCAGCAGCACCCUCCCACCGCCGUUCCUCACGGAAGCCGCUGAAACCGAAGAGGGAGCGACGUUCGAUCGGAGCGACCUGCCGAGGGCUUUGAUGAUGCCGACCCCUUUGAUGAUGCCGACCCCUGUGGUGCCCCGCUACGCACAGUUCCCACCUGGGAGAAGUCCUCUGGGCGGGCUUCCUUUCGCUGGAGAGAACGCCGACGCGCACGACUCCCCGGCCGACGCCAAGCCCAAAGGUGCUGAAUUUCCGCAGUGGAGAGCUCCUCAGGCGAGGAAGACCUCGAGGCUGUUCGCUUUGCUACACCGGUCACCUGCCAACAGCAGCAGCGGUCUCCGUCCUCGUAACGCCCUCGCCUUGGCCGCAGCCGUUCCCGCGGUGCCAGCCGGCAACGCCACCGCGGGUGCUCCUUCUCCAUCGAGAACCUCGCGGAAGGGCGAGAAGCACGCCGAGAAGAGAUGGCCUUCGAGGUCCUCCACCGUGGAAAGAUGAACGCGAAUGCCUUGCGGAGGAUGGCCGUCGAAAGAGGCUUUGUUUGGCGCUUUGGGUUUAAUUUCCUUACUUCUGGACGCUAUGGUGCACGCUGCUUUCCACAAGCGGGACGCUGCAGAUCAUCAACUCGUCUUCCUUGUAAAUACAAAGAACGAGAAGUGCUGGUUCACUUUCUAGUUGCUCCCGUCCUCCUCCCAUGCUGCGUUAUCUGGCUACCUUGAACGCACCGGAGGAAAGCACCAAAGAAUAUUCCGAACGGUGAGCAGAAGUUGCUGAGGGCGUCAGUCGAGCUCUAGUACAGAAAAGUGGCCCCGACCUCAGCACUCACCUCAUUAUUUUUGGUUUUAAACACUUGCGUGUAGAAAAUGCCCCACUACAAGAGGUACCAAACGUUUACAACUAUACAGAAUACUUUUGCAGUGGAACAACUGAAUCCAUAAGACUUGUUUUGCUAAUUUAUCUAUAUAAACGGAUAUUGUACGAGCAAAUUUGCAGCUGUUUUGUAAAUACUGUAUAUUGCAGAAAGUCAGUAUUAUUUUUAAGAGUUCUGUGCUGUCAGACAACUGUUUACCUAUGUUGCAUUCUGGACAAUUGCUAGGUGCCUGCCAUUGAGUACUGCCUUAUUUACAUUCCAAGAGUUGAUUUUUAAAGCAGCAUUAUCAUAAAAGGAGGAGUUCCCUUUUCAUAUGAAUGACAUCUGCUGACACUAGGAAAGGGCUUUUUUGGAGGAUCAACAAUGUGAUGCUUUCUUUUGAAACGGGGGGAGAAAAGCGUAACCCUCAAGGUGUGAGUCUACUUAGAGCCACCCGCCCAUUAGAAGUCGGUUUAGAAACUUUAGUGUAAUUCCAGUCGCAGGUUGGAGAAAUGAUUUUACGUGCCUGUGGAGUGAACACCGACACCCGCGGCCUCCGCUGAGCAGGCGUUGCUUCAGUUCAGGAGUAGCAGUGCCGUCCCUUAAGUCUCCUUUUGCCGAAGAGGUCAGACCAGUGUAGGAAACCAUGUAUAUACUGUAAGUAGUGUAAUGUUCACGAGUCACAAAUGAGUUCUGUUUUCCAGAUGAUCUGUUUGUUGUUUCUGAAGCUGAAAAAGCAUCACAGAGGUAGAAUAAGCGCUAACAAGAAGUAGCUGUGGCAAGACUUAAAAUAGAUUUUUUUGUUCCUACUGGAAGCAUUGAUUUAAAGGUGAGAGAGAUAUUUAUUUUUCAGCAUGGUUCACCUCAAAAUCUUCACAACCACAAUGCAUCUGACUGCAAUAACGUACUAGUAAUUUAUGUCAAUAACCAUCUUGUUCACAGUCCACCCAAUCGCACUCUCUCCUGUGUGUUGCUGUAAAGUACUUGUAUAUAGGAUUGAGAACUAAAGAUAUUUAUUAAAAGUUGAUUUCUUGAUAGUAUUUUAUGUACUAAAUAUUUACACUACGGGCAGUUGACUAUUCUUUUUGCCAAGAUAAAACAGAGAGAUGUAAUUAGAUACCUGUACAUGCUAUGUCAUAUGGAUAGAACAGAAAUUUAAGCUAACUAAACUACUGUAGAGAAAUCGUUGAUCUUAUUCUUUAAAAAAAAAAAGUCUUAUGACAGUUUUUUUAUUACAGGCAUCUUUAAUUUCUAAAUAGGUUAUUAAAGUUUCACGUGCAAUUUUUGCUUCCCUGUAAAAAGUCCUCGUGAUCGACCCAUUUAAAAGAACAGUGAAUACGUACCUCUGAAAUGCUAUAAAAAGUAGGUUAGGACCCCGGAGAUUAAAUUCUAGAAACAUGUGUAGUGAUUAUGCGGAAUCACUAGGAAGAAAUGAGGAUGAAGAUUGUUGUCGGAAGACUUUUAAAGUAAACUAGAAUGGGGGUAGGUUAAUCCCGUUCGGGGAAGUGUAGGGUCACGCUAUGCAAGACGCAUCUUACAUCGUGAUGUGUGUAAUCUAACCCGCUGAAGUAUUGACUCGACACCUCUAAAGAAUUGCUGCUACCUUUCUGCAAGGCUUUUGAAGGUCCAAGAAACUAGUAUUAAACAGAUUGUACAGACAAUCCCUGAGCCUCAAACAGACAAAUAGGGUGUGUUUGUUCCUCUAAAAUUCCCCAAAAGUCAAAUUCUCUUUUCUGUCUUUAUCUUUUACAUAUAUACAAUGUGGGUGUAGAUAAUCCUUGUACCUUUUUGAUUUCUUUUCUACCAAGCUAAUUUCUCUUUCUAUAAAGUGUACACUACUGAUACUGUUUGUUGUAUUUGGGGAGCACGUAACAAUAAAAUCUUUAACAUAACAAGUCUUUCUCUGGUUUGAUUCACGUGGGAGGGUCUGGUUUUUUCAUUUUUAAGUUUUGUCUUUUGCAAAAUGACGGGCCGUGUGCUUUAGGCGUGACCUUUACCGUCUUGAAAAAAGUGCAUUUGAAUUAAAUAUUUAAUUUGAUUUUUAAAAACAGACAUCCUGCUCUUACCAUUGAAGAGUGCGGGCUGCAGAGAAAUUGGGGGAAAGGAAGGAGUGCGUUUCCAGUGAUCCACAGAAUUCCUGGUACACGCGUGGGCGUCCAGAUAGCAGCUCCAACCCUUUUGACAAGAACACGUAACUUUCGGGGCUUUGCUUUUUUGAGGCGGCGGUAUCUGAGGCAUUCUGUGCCAGUCAAACAGGAGGCAGCUGCUCUCCUGUCCUUUACCUAGAAACGUUUUCUGAGCUGAUGAGAGGAUUUCAGGUCGCUGCCGGAGGUGGGUCAUUCUGGUACUGCUCCAAAACGGCGACAACAGUUUUUUUCUAUAGUUCUGGUUACCCGUUUUCAAGAAGAGUAGACCCGGACCGAAACUUCUAAAGAAAAGCUCAUCUGGUAAGAAAACAGGGAGGUCUUCAUCUCAGAGGUGGAGUCUGGAGAAGCGUUGGGUUUCUAGCUGAGUCUGGAGAAGCGUUGGG